AUGGCGAUGCAGGUCCAUGUGCAGGUGGAGAAAGUCGGGGGACAGGGGAACUCGAUAACGAUAGGAGUGGCGCCUGAGAGAAGAGAGCUGUACACGACAGCAGACGACAAGCUGAUCAAAGUUUGGAGCCUUGAAGAUGGCAAGUGCAAGUCAUGCAUCAAUGCUCACAAGGGAAGAAUCACCUGCUUGGUGUGGUUGAACCAUGUUAGGAUGAUGCUCUCGACGUCUCUCGAUCAAACUGUUGCGCUCUGGAACGCGAAGGGGGAGUGUGUGGUGAGGAGCAAGUUUCCAUGUGCGAUCUACUGCGCCGGGUACAGUUCACGGCACGACAUUGUGGUCCUGGGUGGGAUGAAGAAGAUGUUUGUGCUCCAGCUGCUUCAUCAGCGGGACGAGUGGGAGCUGAACACGCAGUCAGUCUUUGAGGAGCACGACGAGUUCAUCUCGGAGAUUAUCUGCACGCCAUCAGGAAGAAUAUUCUCCUGCGGGUACGAUGGUGUCGUGUGUGCCUUCGAUCUCAACGUGGAGGACAAGCUCGUGGUCAUGACCGCAGGAGGCAACAGGGCCAAGUCCAAGUGCCAUAAGGGAGCGAUCACGUGCGCGGCAUACUACAACGAGGGGAACUCACUGAUCACGGGGAGCUACGACAUGAGCGUCAAGACUUGGAGCUACGACGCGCUAACUGCCCAUGCUCAGUUCUCGCCGCUCUAUACCAUCGAGCUGAAGAAGACGGUGGAGACAAUGUGCUGCAUCCCUGCCACGAAGUCGCUGUGGGUGGGGAUCAAGGGAUCUUGCCGUCCCUUCGUGUUCGACCCCCGCACGGGGACGAACUUGACUGAUUUCCUCCCACAGUCGGAGGACUUCAAGUCGCUGCACAACGAGUAUCCUGUGAAGAUCAUGGCAUCUGCCAGUGAAGUUGUGACCAUGUCAGAUCACAAGAACUUCACCAUCUGGCGCUACAACUCGCUCGCCUGCAUCAGCAUCAUCCAUGGGCACACGGACUGGGUCGAGUUGGUCGUCAGGAACCCGAGGACGGGAGACUUUGUGAGCUCCGGAGCAGACAGCAUUAUCAGGAAGUGGUAUAUACCCAAUGCGCUCUACCCACAGCUCUACAGCAUGAAGGAGGGGCCCGACACGUCGAUCUUGUUCACGGGAGGUGACGAUGCGAUGACCUUGGAAGGGCACACGGGCAAAAUUACGGCGAUGUGCUUGCUAGCGCACUUCCUCAUCAGCGUCAGUGUGGACAAGAGCGUGAAGAUUUGGGACUCCAACACAGGGACGCUGUGGAGGACCAUCGAGGACGCACACGAGUCGAUGAUCUAUGACGUGAGUAGCUCCGAGAGGAUGGACACCUUCGCCACAUGCUCGGCGGACGAGCUCUGCUACAUAUGGGAGCUGGAGACUUGCGAGCUCUGCGGGGUGAUGAAGGGGCACGAGGACGAGGUGACAAGGAUCCGGUGGAUAGACGAGCUGGACGCCUGGCUGACAGCGUCGGAUGAUAACAGCUUGAGGUUGUGGCAAGCCUCAGGGCACCCCUAUUCCCUCUCGGAAUCUUCGAUCAGGUCUCAAUCCGAACAUUCGGCAGAGGAGCCGAUCAUGAUGAGGUUUGAUACCGACGGCUUCAGUGCGCUGGAGGUCAUCGGGGAGCUGGGCCUGCAGGCCGUCGGCCUGUCCGACUACUCAGUCCAGCUCAUUGACAUCAUUCGGGAGUCUAUCCUCUGCGUGUACAAGGGUCACUACGAUGUCGUCCGGAGUAUCGCCUUCCUCCCGGUGUUCCUCCUCCUUCCGAGGGGAAGGAGGAGCGAGGCAGGGUGGGAGUGA